CGGAACCUCCGCUUUGCCGGCUCUCCGGGGCACGCUCGGAGAGCGCCAGCCGCUCGCCUCCAGCCCCAGCUCUCGGGUGCGACUCCACGGCCGGACCCCCCGGGGACAGCCCCGGCCGCCCGCCCGGCCGGCCCCGGCUCGGCUCGGAGCAGCCGCGCUCCACCGCACCAGGCGCACGGACCGGCCCCCGACGGGACCGGCGCGCCGCAGCCUGCAGCCGCGCGGCUAUGCCCGGUGCCCCCGUCCUCGCCCGGGCCCGGGCCCCGACGGCCGCGCCUUGAGAUGACUUUCCGCCACCUCCUGAGCGUCAGUUUCCAGGGACCUCGCCCGGACAGCGGCGCCAGCAGCUCCCCCACGGGCGGCGGGGGCGCGGGCGCGGGCGGCACGGCGGCCCCGGAGGGCCCGGCGGUGGGCGGCGUGCCGGGGGCCGCGGGCGGCGGCGGCGUGGUGGUGGUGGGCGCGGGCGGCGGAGACGACAACCGGACCUCGGCCGGGGAGCCCGGGGGCGCGGGGGGCGGCGGCGCGGUAAAUGGCACGGCGGCGGCCGUCGGGGGGCUGGUGGUGAGCGCGCAGGGCGUGGGCGUGGGCGUCUUCCUGGCCCUCUUCAUCCUCACGGCCGUGGCGGGCAACCUGCUGGUCAUCCUCUCCGUGGCCUGCAACCGCCACCUGCAGACGGUCACCAACUACUUCAUCGUCAACCUGGCCGUGGCCGACCUGCUGCUGAGCACCACCGUGCUGCCCUUCUCGGCCACCAUGGAGGUGCUGGGCUUCUGGGCCUUCGGCCGCGCCUUCUGCGACGUGUGGGCCGCCGUGGACGUGCUCUGCUGCACGGCCUCCAUCCUCAGCCUCUGCACCAUCUCCGUGGACCGCUACGUGGGCGUGCGCCACUCGCUCAAGUACCCCGCCAUCAUGACGGAGCGCAAGGCGGCCGCGAUCCUGGCGCUGCUCUGGGUCGUGGCGCUCGUGGUGUCGGUGGGGCCGCUGCUGGGUUGGAAGGAGCCGGUGCCGCCGGACGAGCGCUUCUGCGGCAUCACCGAGGAGGCGGGCUACGCCGUCUUCUCCUCCGUGUGCUCCUUCUACCUGCCCAUGGCGGUCAUCGUGGUCAUGUACUGCCGCGUGUACGUGGUGGCGCGCAGCACCACGCGCAGCCUCGAGGCGGGCGUCAAGCGCGAGCGCGGCAAGGCCUCCGACGUGGUGCUGCGCAUCCACUGCCGCGGCGCGGGCGCGGGCGCCGACGGGGCGCACGGGGCCAUGCGCAGCGCCAAGGGCCACACCUUCCGCAGCUCGCUGUCUGUGCGCCUGCUCAAGUUCUCCCGGGAGAAGAAGGCGGCCAAGACUCUGGCCAUCGUCGUGGGCGUCUUCGUGCUGUGCUGGUUCCCCUUCUUCUUCGUGCUGCCUCUCGGCUCGCUGUUCCCGCACCUGAAGCCGUCAGAGGGCGUCUUCAAGGUCAUCUUCUGGCUCGGCUACUUCAACAGCUGCGUGAACCCGCUCAUCUACCCCUGCUCCAGCCGCGAGUUCAAACGCGCCUUCCUGCGCCUCCUGCGCUGCCAGUGUCGCCGGCGCCGGCGCCGCCGGCCCCUGUGGCGCGUCUACGGCCACCACUGGCGGGCCUCCAGCACGGCCACCCCCGCCGUGGGCGCGCAGCCCGACGACGACGACGACGACGGAGGCGACGGCGACCACCCCGGCCCGGCCGCCGCGCCCCCCGGGGCCCCGCUGGCCCUGGCCGCGCCGUCGCCCGCCCCCGCCUCCCCCGACGGCGCGAGCCGGCGCAAGCCCCCUUGCACCUUCCGCGAGUGGCGGCUGCUCGGGCCCUGGCGGAGACCCACCACCCAGCUGCGCGCCAAGGUGUCCAGCCUGUCGCACAAGCUCCGCGCCGGGAGCGCGCCGCGCGCAGAGCGCCCCGAGGUGGAGGCCGUGUCCUUGGGUGUCCCCCAGGACGGCACUGGAGGCGACCCCUACGACUUGGCAGACUGCAGCAACCUCAGGGAGACGGAUAUCUAAGGACCUGAGCCCCCGGUGCGAGGGGUGGGGGAGGGAGAAGGUGGGAGGUUAGGGGAUUUGGGGACAAGCGGAGGAGGACCUGACUUGUUCCACAUGAUGAGCCCCAUGGGGGGGCUGUGAGGGGGGUCGCAAGUGAUCAGGAACUGGAGCUGGGGUCAGGGACAUCCCUAAGGACCGGGUCUGGGCUAGGGGGAAUUCCCAGUAAAGGACCCCAUCCAGGACAUGGGGACACCAACCCAAACCCAGGACUUUCCUCCACGGGGACGUUUGCUCUUGUCCCUGUUUGAGACACACUGAUCCAUCCAUGACCUGAACCCUAGCGGCGGCCACGGCUGACCCCCAGGGCCUCCCCUUAGGAGUCAGUCCAUUCACCCCUAGCCUCCGUGGACAUGGUUUCUCCUUACUGCCUAUGGGAGGACCCAGAGGGCCCCCACUCCAGCGUUGGGGGUGUCAGUCCCACAAGCCUGAUGUACCCCUACCUUGGCCCACUCUGCCCUGCUCAGGUUCCUCCUGCACACCCCCUCACCUGGCCCUGUCCCGCCCUUUACUCCCGCCCGCCCCCCAGGGCCUUACUGUUUACACUGUACAUAGCUCCGUCGGCUAUGCCCUGGCUUCUCCAUCAGUAGGAAGAGCUCUGUCAUUCUGGGACAUAUUUAUUGAGAAGAGUUGUUCUAUUUUGUCCAGGCUGCAAACUGUCCCUCUUUAGUUUAUAACCCAUAAAGACCUCUCCCCCUCUAAAUUCCUUCCAAGUACCAAAGGCCCACAAAUGGAGUGAGUGGGUCUGUGUUCACCGUUCGGGUUUCCACUGAACUGUCUUCAUGGAUGGCUGCUGACCUUGGGACAUUUCGCAUGAGCAAAAGCCUAAGAGGUUUUCUUGGCUUUGAAAAUGUAUGUGAUUCAUCUUGGGAACCACAUGGUCAUCGUAAGCACAA